AAGGGACAUGUCGGCGCAACUGUCGCCACAGCCACUGGACUUGCUGCAAAGAGGGCUCAGCUCGAGUACAGGUUGAACCGGAUGCGUGGACCUGGCAUUGGCUACGACCGUGGCGAGCACGAUCGUGUGGCCUUCGUUCCGAUGCAGUACAAUAUCUGGCUCACGGGUCUCGUUCGUUGGUGUGAUGGACUGGAUCUCCGCAUGUACCAGUCUUCGGAGGACACCGCUGCUGAAUCACGCUGGGAGGAAUUGGUGAUUGAUCGUCGGAUCAAGGAUCAGGAGGGCUUUGGACAGUCAUCAUCAUCGUCGCUGUCUUACCGGCAAAAGCGCAAUAGCACCGAGCCCAAUGUUGAACAUGGACAUGGUCGCGAGCCCACCGCUGCACCGGUGAUGCUUGACAGUAUCCGUGUCAUUAGCCAUCCAGACUUGACCGAGACCGCAGCAGGAACAAAGUGA